CCCCGGAAGUGCUUCCGGGGACCUGGGACACUACACCGGGUUUGAAUGAAUCGGGCUGAUUCAUCGCGGCCCGGCGGAGCGGAAGGUGUCGGGUGGGGCGAGGCGAAGUGGGAAUUCAACGGCCACAGUUACUGUUUGGAGUAUGUUUACGUGAAGCUUGUCCCAUCUCAGUGAUUUAGUACAGGUAAGAGUUUCACCUGACAUCUAAACUUGGAGGCUCAGCCAAGAACUGGAGCAACAUUGCUGAAAAAAGCUGAAAACCAGGAAAUAUGGAUCGACUUCUACGACUUGGAGGAGGAAUGCCUGGUCUAGGACAGGGACCUCCUACAGACGCACCUGCAGUUGACACAGCUGAACAGGUUUACAUCUCUUCUCUUGCACUUCUAAAGAUGUUGAAGCAUGGUCGAGCUGGUGUUCCCAUGGAAGUUAUGGGACUCAUGCUUGGAGAAUUUGUUGAUGACUAUACUGUCAGAGUGAUUGAUGUGUUUGCUAUGCCACAGUCAGGAACGGGAGUCAGUGUGGAGGCAGUUGAUCCUGUGUUUCAAGCCAAAAUGUUGGAUAUGUUAAAACAAACCGGAAGACCUGAGAUGGUUGUUGGCUGGUAUCACAGUCACCCUGGCUUUGGCUGUUGGUUGUCUGGUGUGGAUAUCAAUACUCAACAGAGUUUUGAGGCCCUUUCAGAAAGAGCUGUGGCAGUAGUAGUGGAUCCUAUUCAGAGCGUAAAAGGAAAGGUUGUUAUCGAUGCCUUCAGAUUAAUCAAUGCUAAUAUGAUGGUCUUAGGACAUGAACCAAGACAAACAACUUCAAAUCUGGGUCACUUAAACAAGCCGUCUAUCCAGGCUUUAAUCCAUGGGCUAAACAGACAUUACUAUUCCAUUACUAUCAACUACAGGAAGAAUGAAUUAGAACAGAAGAUGUUACUGAAUUUACAUAAGAAAAGUUGGAUGGAAGGUUUAACUCUUCAGGACUACAGCGAGCACUGUAAACUCAAUGAAACAGUGGUAAAGGAAAUGCUGGAACUAGCAAAGAACUAUAACAAGGCCGUGGAGGAAGAGGAUAAAAUGACACCUGAACAGCUGGCAAUAAAAAAUGUUGGCAAGCAGGAUCCUAAACGUCAUUUAGAAGAACACGUGGAUGUGCUGAUGACUUGCAACAUUGUCCAGUGUUUAGCAGCAAUGUUGGAUACCGUUGUAUUUAAAUAAUGACUUACUCAUAAAUGUUAUUUCCUGACUAUAAGCAUCCAUUGUUUAAAGCACUGAGGCUAAGAUAUAUUUGGAUGUCAGAGACAUCUGGCAUCAUUUGCAGUCUAAGAGCAUCACUCUAACAUCUUUCCAUCUCUGUUGUGCAAUUACUUUGAAUAUUUUUUAAAUGCAAGAUCUCUGCAGAUUCUAAAACAAUUCAAAACUAAGUUUAAAAAGUGUAUUUUCAUUUUAAUAUUUUGAAGAUAAUUGGCAGCAUAUAUAUGUAAGUUAAUUAUUACUAUGUGGCUUUUAAAAAAUCUGUUAACCUACUUAGUGUUUUGCUGACGUUGUGACUGGGAAAGAACUGUCAAUUAUUGACAGUACUGUAUAAAACUUAGCAAGGAGAGAAAUGCCUUUCAGUAAGCUGAUGAUCUUUGAAGACCUGUGCCAUGGACAUGAUUUUUUUUCAAAAACCUGUUCAGAUUACAGAUCCCUUUUAUAUGAAUAAUGGUUAAGUCCCACAGUAUUUUUACCAGCUUGGACUCAACCUUGAAAUACAAGAAAUAAAGCAAAAAAUGCUCAUAGACAAAUGCAAAGCACUUCCCAUGACUGACUAUAGUGUUUGCUUCUAAAAGCUCCAGGAUUGAAGCUUUUCGAGUCAGAGGGAUAUGACUUCAAGUAGGCCUAAACCUGUUCCUGCUGCCUUUAACUAUGGAUCAGGACUGUUCACCACCAUAAGUAGGGUAGAAUUGCAUAAGGUUUUAAAGAUAACUUGAGAUUGUCUGGCUCUGACCCAAUAAAAUAUUAAUUAUUGAAAGUGGUAAUAACUAACAUUAAUUUGACACAUUUGAGCAAUACUUGUAGACAAGGAGCAAUGAGUUCCUUAUGAAGAUGAGCCGCAAGUGCUAUUAAUCUUGCCAAAAUGCCAAUGAAAACCUGGUCAUAGAACCUUCUAGCUAUAAUGAUAUUUCUGUAAGUUCCACAUCUGCUUUGGCAAGCAUAGAAGUCAGUAGAAUUCCCAAGAAGUACAAUUUUCUGUCCCUGUCCCCAACUUUCCUCCCGCCAUACAGCUGUAAAGAGCUCUCCGAGUGUAUGAACAAAGCUCAGAAGAUAAUGAAAGCCUCCGUCCACCAUCUGAAAAAUAACAAACCCAUUACAGACACACAGUCAUCGAAAUACGGAUAUUAUUUCUCAACCUACUCUGUAAAUACCAUUGAAAUGCAUGAUGAGACAUCAAAUUACAAUUUAUUUUAGGUUUUUUCUUUUUAACUGAAAAAUAGACAUUUAUUGAAAGAAAGCUGGAGGGCUUUUCAACAUUAUGUACACACAACUAAAGUAUAAGAAAAAGAAACCAUUGACUGCUUCACAAGAUACUGCUAUGAAAACCAAUUUUUAAUUUGUAAAUGAAAUACGAGUUUAUAAAUGAAUAAAGGAAUAUCAAUUGCUAAUAAA